CGGCGCCCGCGCAGAGCCUCCUCGGCCAGUUGUGUAGUGCGACUGUACCUUUUGUACCUUUACCUGUUGUACCUGGUGUACCUGGUGUACCUGGUGUACCUGACGCUGUACCUGUGUAGUGCGAUCGUGAAAAGAAUAAGCGGACAGUAUGACAGCUUCGCACCCGCCGAACGCCUACGCGGCGCAGCCCAAGAUACAUACCACAGAAUAUACACCGGAGACCAAGAGAAGAGAUUACGAAUGGCAAAUAGUAUGGAGGAACGUACUGGCGUUCGUCUACUUACAUAUUGCCGGGGUGUACGGACUGUACCUGGCAUUCACCGUGGCUAAAGCACAGACAGUCAUAUUCACUAUAUCUUUUGCCAUCUUGGCCGGCAUGGGAGUGACCGCGGGCGCUCACAGGUUAUGGGCCCACCGCGCGUAUAAGGCCAAGUGGCCUCUUCGAGUCUACCUGGCCAUCAUGCAGACUAUGGCCUUCCAGAACCACAUCUACGAGUGGGUGCGGGACCACAGAGUUCAUCACAAGUUCUCUGAAACGGACGCGGAUCCGCACAACGCGCGGCGCGGGUUCUUCUUCGCGCACAUGGGCUGGCUGAUGGUGCGCAAGCACAAGGACGUGCUCGAGAAGGGCGCCUCCAUCGACAUGUCCGACCUCGAGCAGGACCCCAUCGUCAUGUUCCAGAAGAAAACGUACCUGGUUAUAAUGCCGCUGCUGAGCUUCAUUCUGCCGGCGUACGCGCCAGUGGCUCUGUGGGGGGAGGAUCCCUGGACGUCGUGGUACGUCGCCUCCAUCUUCCGCUACACCAUCUCGCUGCACUGCACCUGGCUCGUCAACUCUGCCGCUCAUAUCUGGGGCAACAAGCCGUAUGAUAAAAAUAUCGGGCCAACGGAGAACAAGCUUGUUUCGAUUCUGGCGACGGGCGAGGGAUGGCAUAACUACCACCACGUGUUUCCGUGGGAUUACAAAGCGGCUGAGCUCGGCAACUACAGGACUAACUUCUCUACAGCCUUCAUCGAUGUGGCAGCGAAAUACGGUUUAGCGUACGAUUUGAAGACUGUUUCAGAGGAGAUGAUCAAGAGACGGGUCUCCAGAACCGGUGACGGUACCCAUCCAUCGCUGAGCUGCAGCAAGCAGAUCAUCGAUGAAGAUGGCCACUGCCACCCAGAGAAUCCCGUGUGGGGCUGGGGAGAUGAGGACAUGACAGAAGACGACAAAAAACUAGCGGAAGUCUCACACGUCAAGUUGGAAUAAGUACAACGUCCUGGUGCUUCAAAUAGAUAUUAAAACCCAGUUUUCUUGGUUAAACAUUUCCGGUCUUACUACAAAAGAAGAACAACCGGUUAAACAGUUUUAUAAAAAAAAA